AUGAGAUUAAUUCAAUUGGCCACUCAGAUUGUACCAUUUCGUCGUGGCCAAACAACGACACUACUCCUCUUGGAAUUUGGAGGGACUAGUAGCCUCGUCUUUUCUAUGUAUAAGCCUACUAUCGCUAGGACCCAAAAACAGGUUAACCCGGUUGGAAUUCUUGGGCUUCAUGCUUUGAAGAAACAAGAGUGUAUCAUUACUAAUUGGGCUGUUCCUUUUGAAAAUUGCCUGAGAAGCUUGUUCCUCUCAUCUGGAACAUUGACCAGGUUUGCAAAGUUUGGGGAAAGCUUGCUAAUAUAUCUACUCAAACAGCUUCCAGUGGAAGCUAGAUUUCCCAUGACAGUGAUCAAUGAGGUCCAGACCAUAACCAGCCAGUUCAUUCCCCAAAAACUCCGAGACAAAAUCCUUGCCACAAUUGGAGGCCUUUUGGGUAAUCUUCCCAACUCUCAAAUGACCCUUAUCAUUGAUGAACACAGUGGCCUCUCUGUCAAUGAGAUUUACCAGGCCUCAGAAAUCUACUUAAGCGCAAGGAUCACCCCUUCAAUUGAACAGCUUAAGGUUUCCAAGGCUCCAAGCCAGAACAACUUCUCUGUUACCAUCAACAGAGGCAAAAAGCUUAUCGAUGAAUUCGAAGGAAUCAAGUUGAGAUGGGAAUUCUGUUGUACUGAAACCAAGAGCACACAUCACGACUAUGAAGACUAUUCAGCUCAGCUUCCAUAA